AUGGACACUCGUGAGAAGGUCAAAGAGAAACUCGACCCUGUGUGGUCCUCCUUCAGGAUGGCAGAACCUCGGUUCAAUAACCCGUACUUCUGGCCUCCGCCGCCCUCCAUGCCCGGACAGCUGGACAACCUGGUGCUCAUAAACAAGAUCAAGGAGCAGCUGAUGGGAGAGAAGAUCCGUCCUCUGCACCUGCCCCCCACCUCCUCACCGUCCCAGCAGCCGCUCCUCCUGCAGGCCUCUUCCUCUCCUGAAGGGGGCGCUCCACAUGGCCUCAGUGUCCCCAAGCCUCAGGCUCCGCAGCAGCAGCAGUCAGUGCCAGGUCAUCACACACAGGGAACGGGACCCCCGGAUAUUGCCCUCCACGCCAGACCUGCCGCCAGCUCUGGAUCAGAUCUUAGUAUGGAUGAUAAGUCUGCGGUGAAGGCCAAAGGACUGUGGGAGGACUGGCACAUGAGGCAGCUGAGCGAGCAGACGGCACGACUCAAUCAUCGAGCAGGUUUAGUUCCUUCCUCGAGAACAGACACCCACAGUUCCGACAUGCUCACCUCCACCACCUCCAGCUCCCAGAACAGACUUAUCAGUGCCCCCUCUGUCAACAUCCUGUCAGGGCUGACCAGCGGGAUGGACCCCAUGAAGACAGGCGGGCUGGCCGGCCUGCUGGGACCUCCCCCCAAAGCUCAGCGCGGACGGAAGAAGAUCAAGGCUGAGAACGGACCUCUGCUAGUGGUGCCCUACCCCCUGCUCAGCGACCAGGGCUGCGUCACUGUGGCCCCGAAAGAGGGACGCACAUACAGAUGUAAAGUGUGCCCGCUCACCUUCCUGUCCAAGUCGGAGAUGCAGCUUCACUCCAAGUCCCACACAGAAGCCAAGCCUCACAAGUGUCCGCACUGCUCCAAGACUUUCGCCAAUGCCUCGUACCUGUCCCAGCACCUGCGCAUUCACCUGGGCAUCAAACCGUACCACUGCUCCUACUGCGAGAACUCCUUCAGACAGCUGUCGCAUUUGCAGCAGCACACCAGAAUCCACACUGGUGAUCGGCCGUACAAAUGUGCUCAUCCUGGCUGCGAAAAGGCCUUCACUCAGCUCUCCAACCUCCAGUCUCACCAGCGGCAGCACAACAAAGACAAACCGUACAAAUGUCCAAACUGUUACCGUGCCUACGCAGACUCGGCCUCGCUGCAGAUCCACCUCUCUGCUCACGCCAUCAAGAACGCCAAGGCCUACUGCUGCAGCAUGUGCGGCCGCGCCUACACCUCAGAAACGUACCUUAUGAAGCACAUGUCCAAACACACUGUGGUGGAGCAUCUCGUCAGCCACCAGUCUCCACAGAGGAGCGACUCUCCCGGCAGCAUUCCCAUCCGCAUCUCCCUCAUCUGA